AUUCAAGUUGUAUUUAAUAGACAUUGUGUCUUUGGAUUUUCUGUCGACAUUCUUCACUUUCAACUUGAGUUGCCAAAAUGGAAUUGAAUUUCACAACCCUUGAUGUCUUUACGGAGACUCGAUUUGCUGGUAACCCCCUUGGGGUAGUCCGAGUCCCCGCCUCCCUCCGUUCCAAACUCACAGAGGACCAAAAACAAAAGAUCGCCAGCGAAUUCAACCUCUCAGAGAUCACAUUCCUCCACGACGUAGUCCCAGGAGAAUCUUUCGCAAACUACGACAUCUUCACCCCGAGAUCCCGCAUGAGCUUCGCGGGCCACCCAACAAUCGGCACCGCAAUCUACAUCUGCCAGCACCCAACCCUAUUCCCAGACCUACGCCAGAUCAAAACAGUUGCAGGACUGGUGUCAUUCGAGUACGACGAAGCCCAAAAGACAGUCGAAGUCGCCAUUCCCCAUGACGUCUACCUGCACAAGCAGAAACUUCUACCCCACCCCUACCCCGAGCCAUCUAGAAAUCCUACAGGCGAGUCUACAGUACCGCUUGUAUCCAUCGUAAAAGGCAUGGCGUUCAAUCUCGUCCAAUUGGCCGACCUGGACUCGCUCGCUUUGCCCACUGAAGGACUUCUGCCCUUUGCCGAUCUCUAUAAGUUCGAGCAUCUCGAUCCUGGAUCCGGGUGGGAUGUCGGGUAUACUGGCACCUUUUACUUCACAGACUUGGGUUACCAGAAGAAUGGCGAAGUUAGCCAGAGACAAUUGAGAACGAGAAGUCUUGGUUCAAGGGAGGAUCCUGGGACGGGAAGUGCGAGUGCCGCUUUGUGUUGCUAUUUGACCUUGAUUGAGGAGAAGAGUAAGGGGAAAGGACCGUUUUUGUAUCAUCUGAGACAGGGUGUGGAGAUGGGAAGGCCGUGUGAUAUUUAUGUGAAAGUGACAAGGCGUGAGGAUGGAGAAGGAAUUGAGGAGGUGAAGCUCAAGGGUGGAGCUGUUGAGGUUAUGGAGGGAAUUGUACACGUCGAUUAGAGGCUGUGUGCUUCGGUUGUUCAUCUCUAUAAUGUCAGUAUAUAUGACUUGGGGUGACCAGUGAUUCAAAGUCAGAAGACAUCUAUUUGGACCGUGGCAUAUGGACGAAGUCGCGGAAGCGACGACGCAGCCAGAGCUUUCCAACUACCUCAACGAUCUUAGACAUCCACUGAAAUGGUCUUAGCUAUGUUGAAUCUGGUUUCGAAACUACUUGUCUUCUCGAAGCCAAUACUUGAUGACAUUAUUCUGAUACUGUUCUUC